AUGAGUGCUACAGCAGACAAGCCUUUAAAAGAGAUUCCAAAGCAAUAUAUAAAUCCUCUUGCUGAGAAGGCCCCUACAGAGGGUCCUCGUGUGAAUGGCAAGAAUUUCAAGAUCAAAAAAGAUGCUUUUAGAGUGCGCUCCCUUGGAGUGAGAAAACUCAACACAUGGGAGCUUCGUGAAAAGAAAAAACUUGAAGAGGAACAGUAUAAGGCAAGAUUGAGAGAGCUCAAGCAGGAGAAGGAGGAUGAGAAGAACCUGAAGAUUGCUGAGAUUAAGAGAAGACGUGAGCUCAAGGAAGAGAAGGAGAGAUACGAAAAAAUGGCAGAGAAGAUGCAUAGGAAGAAGGUGGAGAGGAUGAGAAAGAAGGAAAAGAGAAACAAGGCCUUAAGAGAGCGUUGA